CUUUUUACCCGCACGUGUUUAUAGUGAGAAACUUUGCCUUUACGUCGCUUAAAAAUAUAUUUUUUUAUAAUUUUAAUAUAAAAUAAAACCAUGUCUGACAAAUAUGCAGUUCCUAACAAACUUCCUGGCAAAACUGUUGCAGUCCUUGCCCAUCGAAGGCGUCGAAUUCUACAAGACAAAUCAGUGGUCGAACAGAAACGCAAAGAGCAUCAAAAGCGUUUAGCCAAAAAAAAGGAACACCACAAAUUCAGACGUGCCGAGUCGUUUGUUAUGAAUCACAUAAAAGCCGAAAGAACUUCCAACCGCAUCAAGCAAACUUUGUUGCAUAGCAAAGUGACUAGGGAAGAAGACACAAACGAAAAGCUUUUGCUUGUAUUUAGACAUGCUGGCAAGAAAGUCUUUGACGAAACAACAAGUAAAAUAUUCAAAGCUUGGAACAUACCAAAACGUCAUCAGGCCGUAUUCCUAAAGAAUAACAAAGAAAACCAAAUUCUUCUGAGACUGGCUGAACCUUUUGUCUGUUAUGGUUAUCCCACAAUAGCAACGGUUCGCGAAUUGUUAUUCAAAAAAGGUUUCGCCAUGAUUGACCGCAAGAAGACACCAAUUCAAUCGAAUACAAUGAUUGAAGAGCAUCUUGGCGAGAAGGGAAUCAUUUGUUUGGAGGAUAUCAUUCAUGAGAUAUUCACAGUUGGACCGAAUUUCGAAAGAGUUACCUCAUUUAUUAGUCCAUUUGCGCUUGGAAAUCCUAAAGACGGUUGGCAGAAAAAGGUUAGUGUUAGUUUCAAGAGAGGCGGAGAAUAUGGUAACCGAAAAGCAGCCAUCAAUGAACUCGUCAGUAGGUGCCUAUAAGUUAUGUUUAGGAUUUUUUUAAACGACGUAGAUUUUAAGUUAAAUA